UUAGUUUUUUAAAAAUAAAAAAGGGCACAGGCCUGCUCGCUCGUCCGCUACCAGCCACGAAUCCCAACCGCUCGCAUCUCUUUCCCUCUCGGCAAACCUCUCCCUUCGCUCCCGUCUCGCCAACCGGCCAAGCCGCGCCACCUCCGAUCGACGCCUCAGACCUAGCCGCGCGCGUGCUAAUCGUUCUCGUGCACCGCUGUGUCUCCCCAAAGUUGUCCGUGUCGGAUCUGGCGAUUUGACCGCACUUCUUCCCUUGCCCUUCGCUCAUGAAGGUUCUCACCAACCGGUCAAGUCACGUCGCCUCCAAUCGAUGUCUCAGAUCCAGAUCCCCCGCGUCCGCCACCCUAGCCGCUUCGCUACCGGCUGUCGUCGCCCUGCCAUGUCGGGUUCGUUUGGACUUCGUCAGAUCUAUUGGGCUUAAGUCUUCAGGGAGUUUGGAAGUCAAAGGAGGCACCGUCGUGGAAGGUGGAAGUGUUUUUCUUUCUUUGAGUAAGGGUAGAGAUGCACCGGCGGUUGAUUUGCAUCAUUUCAUCACCAUAAUUAAAGUCGUCACAUAUGUGGUGGACAUCAUACUCUUUUAG